AGCAACACACCAUCCUCCUCCCCCCUUCUCCCGAACAUCUUUAUAUCCUCACGCGUCACAUAACAAUGGCGACCUUGCUGCUACCACCACCAUCAGCAUCGCCAAUCCGAAGGGAGGGGAGGAGGAAGCAUGGACUGCUGCAUCUGCGGCCCCAUGGCUGCCAUCUAUAGGCCUCCGAGGAACACCAUAUGCUCCCCGUGCUACGAAGGCUCCAAGGCCAUCAUCGCCUUCCUCAACGACGGCGAGCACGCCGCCGGUGACGGCGAAGGCGACCGUGGCUUGGUGAACCCCCGCGGAUUGACCAAGCACACCAAUGUCUCCACCAAGGGGAUGAGAGAAGCAUGGCAGCAGAUGCAGGAGAUGAGAGACAGGGAGGAGGUGGCGAACCAGCGGGCCGGGUUCCUCGAGCAGGGCUUCGGGGCGGCCUGGAUGGAGGGAGCCCACACCGACAUCGUCGUGAGACCUGGAAGUGGGCCGCCAAUACCAGCCCACAAAGCCAUACUGGCGGCGAGGUCGGAGGUGUUCCACCACAUGCUGUGCUCCGACGAGUGCAAGGCGGCCCCCGCCGGCGGCUGCGUCUCCCUCCCGGAGCUUGCCCACGACGAGCUCUCCCUCUUCCUGGCCUUCCUGUACACGGGGACCCUUGACGCGGCGGCGGCGGCGACGACGACAUCGGCGUCGGAGCGGCUGCUGCACGCGCUGCUGGUUGCGGCGGACAAGUACGACGUGCCGUUCCUGGGGCGGGCGUGCGAGGCGCGGCUGGCGGCGGCGGUGGACCCCAGGAACGCGCUGCGGACGCUGGAGGUGGCCGACCGUGUCAGCUCGGGCGGCGCGCUGAAGGAGCGCGCCAUGUGCACGGUGGUGGAGCACGCGGAGCAGGUGGUGUUCUCCGACGAGUACCACGACUUCGCCGUCAGGAACGCCGGCCUGUGCGUCGAGAUCACCAGGGCGCUGCUCGCCAAGGCCGCCGGCGCCAAGAUGGCAUGAGGUGCACGUGUAUAUAGCUAGAUGCAGCUGUGUUCUUUUUCCGGGCACAGAAAAAUCGUUGCAUGUACACCCGGGGUGUCUGAAACGCGAUCCUUCAGUUCAGGGCUGGGCAACGUGGGACAAGAUUAGUCCAGCCGUCCAUGCAUGCAUAUAUACAGUACUCCCUUUCUCCUC